AUGUCGUGGCAGACAGAAUUGAAAUCAUGGAUGUUCCCGUCGAACCCCCCGACAAGUGAUGUGCCUGCUGCGGGCUCGAAAGCUCCAUCUUCAAAAUUGCUCGCGAUCGAUGGGAAGCCAACAGUAGUAUCUUUCUUGCGCCAUUGCGGAUGCCCGUUCGCCGAGAAAACAUAUCUGGAGCUACGCGCAGCUGCUUCCACCCAUCCAGAAGUGCGUUUCGUUGCGAUCUCUCACAGUGAUUCCGCUUCAACUGGACGCUGGCUACAGUCACUCCCCGAUCCAUCUCAGAACAGUACAGUCGAUAUGAUUGUCGACGAUGAACGAUCCCUCUACGCAGACUGGGGGCUAGGCGUUUCCUCUUUCUGGCAUGUCCUAAGCCCAUCAAGUAUGUACUCAGUUUACAAAUUGGGCAAACAAGAAGACAUCUGGAACAGGCCAACGGAAAGUGGCACGCGCUGGCAAAGCGCGGGGAGUUUUGCCGUCGCGAGCGACGGGACUGUGAAGUGGAGUCACCCAAGUGCGAGUGCCGACGAUAUACCAGACUUCAAUAAUGCCUUGACUGCUCUCAAUGAAUAA